GCGGGAGGGGGGGAAUCAAAGGGAGUGGGUUACGUUUUAAUUCCUGCGACUGUGGUCGCCGCCCAAGGCAAAAGAGAGUGCGGGUGAGCGACAGGGAUUCGAAAACGGCAUUGCCACGGGAUUGCGUAUCUCUGCCCCUUCUCUAGAAGAGCCCAAGAUGAGCAAGACCCUGGGACCAGUGUCUUUCAAGGAUGUAACCGUGGAGUUCAGCGGGGAGGAGUGGCAGCACUUGGACCUUGCCCAGAGAAGCCUGUACAGGGAUGUGAUGCUGGAGAACUAUUUCAACCUGAUCUCAGUGGGCUGUCCAGUUCCCAAACCAGAAGUCAUCUUCAACCUGGAGCAAGCAGAGCCACGCGUGUGGGAUGAGGAGGCCUCCGGUCAGCACUGUGCGGAUGGCGAUAUUGGUUUUGAGACUUCACAACAGAGACUGUCUGAGGAAUUUUCUUUCCAGUGUGAGAGGGUUGAUCUCUUCACAGGAGAUAACCUCUAUUCCCUUUUAGAAAAAUUGUGGAAGCAAAGGGAGAGAUGUGAAGGAAACCAGACCACGCCUUUACGUCACGUUGUCUUCAGGGACAGGGCAGCACUAGCUGAUUCGAGGAGCUGUGGAUACCAGGACGCUGGGAAAAUUGGGCACAUAAACACACAUCUGAUUCCUUCACGAAAAGGAUUCCAUCCUGGUGAUGCCUUUGGAAAGAAUCUGAAGCUCAUUGCAAGCUUAAAUAAUCAUAAUAGAAACAAUGCAACAGAAAAUCAUGAUGAGGUUAUCAGCCGUGAGGAUGCUGUUACUCACGUGGGUUCUCAUACGGAAGGGAGUGCUUGUGGAGGUAAGCGUUGUCGGGAACGUGGGGGUCAUAAGCAAGCUCUCACUCCACAUCCGAAAAGUCAUGCUGUGGAAAAUCUCCCUUUGUUUUCUGACUAUGUAAAAGUUUUCACUGAGAAUUCCCACCUCUUUGCACAUCAGAGGAUUUAUGCUGGAGAAAAACAGCAUGAGUGUAGUAAAUGUGAGACAGUCUUCACCCAGAAGCCCCCACUUGCUACUGCUUGCAGAGUUUCUGCAGGAGAGGAGCCCUUUAAGUGUAUGGUAUUUGGGAAGUCAAGUCACCAGAAAACUCGUAAUGAGGAAAAUUUCUAUAAAUUCAGGGAAUACAGAAGAGCCUUUGUCCAGAAGUCUGAUCAGUUUAGACGCCAGAGAGACCAUCCUGGAGAAAAACCCUAUGAAUUCAGUGAAUGUGUGAAAAGCUUCUCACAGAAUGCAAACCUCAGCAUAAUUAAAAAAAAUCAUACUGGAGGGAAACACUUUGAAUGUACUGACUGUGGAAAAGCCUUCACAAGGAAAUCCACACUAAGUAUGCAUCAGAAAAUUCACACAGGAGAAAAACCCUAUGUAUGUGCUGAGUGUGGGAAAGCCUUCAUCCGGAAAUCCCAUUUUAUCACACAUGAAAGAAUUCAUACUGGAGAGAAGCCCUAUGAAUGCAGCGACUGUGGAAAAUGCUUUAUAAAAAAAUCACAGCUCCAUGUGCAUCAGCGAAUUCACACAGGAGAAAAUCCUUUUAUAUGUUCACAAUGUGGAAAGGUCUUCACUCACAAGACAAAUCUCAUUAUACACCAGAAAAUUCAUACUGGGGAGAGACCCUACAUAUGUACUGAAUGUGGGAAAGCCUUUACUGACAGGUCCAAUCUCAUUAAACACCAAAAAAUUCACACUGGAGAAAAACCUUAUAAAUGCAAUGACUGUGGAAAAUCAUUCACCUGGAAGUCACGGCUCAGAAUCCAUCAGAAAUGCCAUACUGGCGAGAGACAUUACCAGUGUCGUGAGUGUGGGAAAGCCUUCAUUCAGAAGUCCACACUAAGUAUGCACCAGAGGAUUCACAGAGGAGAAAAGCCCUAUGUGUGCAACGAGUGUGGGAAGGCCUUCUUCCACAAAUCCCAUUUUAUCACACACGAAAGAAUCCACACUGGAGAGAAACCCUAUGAAUGCAGCGAUUGUGGGAAAUCCUUCACCAAGAAAUCACAGCUCCACGUGCAUCAGCAGAUUCACACAGGAGAGAAGCCCUACAGGUGUGCUGAAUGUGGAAAGGCCUUCACUGACAGGUCCAAUCUCUUCACACACCAGAAAAUUCACACUGGAGAGAAACCCUAUAAAUGUAAUGACUGUGGAAAAGCCUUCACUCGAAAGUCAGGCCUCCACAUACAUCAGCAGUCCCACACUGGAGAAAGACAUUACGAGUGCAGCGAAUGUGGGAAAGCCUUUGCCAGAAAGUCAACACUAAUUAUGCAUCAGAGAAUUCACACCGGAGAGAAACCUUAUGUUUGUACUGAAUGUGGGAAGUCCUUCAUCCAGAAGUCACACUUAAAUAGACACAGGAGAAUUCACACAGGAGAGAAGCCCUAUGGGUGCAGCGACUGUGGGAAGUCUUUCAUUAAGAAGUCACAACUCCAUGAGCAUCAUCGAACCCAUACAGGAGAAAAACCGUAUGUAUGUGCUGAAUGUGGAAAGGCCUUCACCAUCAGAUCAAAUCUUCUUAAACACCAGAAAAUUCAUAGUAAACAGAAGCCCUAUAAACGCAGUGACUUUGGGAAGGCCUUUCACUGGAAGGUGCAGCUCACAAGUCAACACAGUGUACCUCAGAAGUCUGACGCUGGGGAGGUGGAGUGCCCAGUGCCGCAAUCAUGGUGUGGGGGUACGAAUAAACAAGAGGCCACAGCUUGACCAAGAAGCAGGAGGUGACCAAGACCCACCCACUGCCUCUGUCUAGUCAGAAUUAUGGGUAUCUGCUUCACAUAGUGGAUGUCCACGACACGUCCAGGAAGAUACUUUGGAGGAAGUGUUUACACAAUGCACUGUGGCCAGGCUUGGUUACUGGCAGAUUGUCAGGCCCCUGCAAAUCCCAGUGAAGAUGAAGCCAGAGGCAUGGUGCAUGCCUCUAAUCCCAGCUACUUGGGAGGCUGAAGACGAAGGAUCAGGUGGGAGGAUCACUUGAGCCCAGGAGUUUGGGUCCAGCCUGGGCAAUAUAGCUAGACUCUGUGUCCACAAAAACAAAGGGAAAAAAAAAGAAAAGGUGGCUUACAAUCUUUCUCAUUUCACUUUUUUUGAUAAGCAGCUGUCUAAACUCAGAGCUGUUGAAUUUCUCUUGCCCUGGGUAGCAAAACUUUAAUAUUGUCCAAAAAAAUAUUUCAUAAGGAGUAGAGUGGUGAGAAAAUUUUUCACUGUCUUAGUCCUCAAAGGACACCAAAAUCAGGAUGGAAAUUAACCAAUUCAGGUCUGCAAUGAAAAGAAAUUAGAAGCUUUUGUGAAAAUUGAUACUAAAGAUACAAAGAAAGGACUCAACUCUCACCCCCCUUUUGGAAAUCACUACUAGUUGUCGUUUAUAGCAGUUAUUGCGUGUGCCUUGUUAGCAGCUUCCAGGAGGCCUAAAACGGGCUCCCAGUCUGUAUCUCUGAAGCAGUCAGUGAUGCAAGCAGCAGUCCUGUGACUGUUGCACAGCUGGGGCCAGGGUCCUGGAGCAGCACAGGGACCCAGACUUAGAUAACAGCACUUUGGAGCCUCAACUUUGUUCAUAGAAAACUGCACUUUCUUACUGAUUCCUGUUUGAAAAAGAGACAAAUUAAGAAAAAAAUCUGUUUCAAAACCUAGAAUACUUUCUCUCCGAUUUUGAUAGUGUAUUCUCUACAUAUUCAUUAUGUACUAGGUAACCAUGAGACAUAAUUGUAGUUUGUUAUUUUAGGAGAUAAAAUAUAGUUAAACAUUUGGAAAAGUACUCCUAUUCUUUCUCAUUCUCUACAAAUUAAUCUUAUUUUAUCACAAUAAAAGAAGUGCAUCAUGAUCUUCCAGAAUAA